GGCAAAGUUCAGGAGGCGUAAGCGAAUCAAAACUUUUCACCGCAGUGGUUGAGGCUCUCUUAACCCUCAGGACUGAGUCUGCAACCCGGAGCACAAUGAUUGCAUACAUCCUAUUUACGGUUUUGGCAAUUUUGCCAUUGUUCAUCUAUUUGCGAAAUCCCUAUGUUCUGGGGGAUCUAAGAUACACGGUCACUGUAAUUCGCAUCGGCAUCCGAAUGAGCAAAAUGAAGAAGAACUUUUCCAGCCUGCUGGACUGCUUCUUGGAUAGAGUGGAGAAGCAUCCAGAAAAGACCUUUCUGAUCUUUGAGGAGAGCUCCUACACGUACAGGCAGGCCGACAGGGAGAGCAACAAAGUAGCCAGAGCUCUGUCGAUGCACGCCCAGCUGAAGGAGGGGGACACAGUCGCUGUGUUUCUGGGCAACGAGCCCCACUUUGUGUGGCUCUGGCUGGGUUUGGCCAAGCUGGGCUGCGUGGCGUCGCUCCUCAACUCCAACAUCAGGUCCAAGUCUCUGGUCCACUGCUUCUCCUGCUGCGAAGCCAAGGUCCUCAUCGCCGGUGCUGACUUGCAAGGAGCCGUAGAAGAGGUUUUGCCAGCUCUGAGAGAGCAGGGCAUACGCGUGUUUAUCCUCAGCGACCACAGUGACGUUGAAGGCAUUGAAAGCCUCUCCGAUAAGAUCGAGUGGACCUGUGACGAGCCUCUGUCGCCAGAGCUGAGGGCAAACGUCAGCCUCAAAACUCCCGCUGUCUACAUCUACACAUCAGGGACCACGGGACUUCCCAAGGCAGCUGUAGUUAACCACGAGAGGGUAUGGAUGUCAGCUUUUCUCCUGACUAUAAUUGGUGUGCACUCCAGCGAUGUUCUCUAUUUGUACCUGCCCCUCUAUCACUCCUCUGGAUUUCUGAUGGGACUCUGCGGAGCCAUAGAGCGAGGCAUCACUGUGGUUUUGAGACAAAAAUUCUCGGCUUCCAACUUCUGGAACGACUGCAGAAAGCACAAUGUGACCGUCAUUCAGUACAUAGGAGAGAUCAUGCGUUACCUGUGCAACACACCCAAGAAAGACAAUGAGAAGGAUCAUAAAGUGAGACUGGCUCUGGGGAACGGGAUAAGGCCGGACACCUGGGUUGACUUCCUGCAGCGGUUUGGGAACGUUCGCAUCUGCGAAUGCUAUGGAGCGACAGAAUCCAAUAUUGGAUUUAUCAACGACGUGGGAAAAGUUGGAGCCGUCGGCAGAGAGCAUUUACUCUACAAGAUGUCAUGUCCAUACGCCCUCAUAAGGUAUGACACAGAAAAAGAGGAGCCAGUCAGAAGCUCCAGAGGAUUUUGCAUUGAAGUCCCUAAAGGCGAAACCGGUCUGCUGGUGGGGAAGAUAGGACAGAGAACCCCUUUCUAUGGCUACGCCAAGAACAAACAGCAGACGGAGAAGAAGAAGCUGCGAGACGUCUUCGUGCAGGGAGACCUCUACUUUAACAGCGGCGACCUGUUAAGGAUAGACGAGGAGGGAUUUGUUUACUUUCAGGACCGCAUUGGAGACACUUUCAGGUGGAAAGGAGAAAACGUGGCGACCACUGAGGUGGCUGAUCAUUUACUGACCGUGGAUUUUAUUGAGGAGGCUAAUGUUUACGGUGUGAAGGUUCCAGGGCACGAAGGAAGGAUUGGAAUGGCGGCUCUGAAGCUGAAAGAAAACACAGACUUUGAUGGCGCAGCCGUGUAUGAGCAUGUCAAAAACUUCCUGCCCAGCUACGCCAGGCCACAUUUCUUACGGAUCCAGGAUGCUGUAGCGGUGACCGGGACGUUCAAGCAGCUGAAGGCGAAACUGGCUGAGGAGGGUUUCGACCCCGCCAUCAUCCAAGACCCUUUGUUUUUCCUGGAGGACGGUAAAGGCUACGUACCCAUGACUCAGGAGAUUCUCGCCGCCAUCACCGAGGGAACACUCAAGCUCUGAACGAGUCGAGCGAUGCAUCUGAUUUUAAACGUUUUAGGCAAUGACAGGCUGCAAAGUGGUGCAAAAUGACCAAUAUGCAUUCAGCAUGUUUACAAAGGGUGAGAGGGAAAAUAUGUCAUAUAGGAAUAUUUAAUAGAUUAUCGUUGUUUUUGUUUACAUAUGUAUAAUUCAAAUCUAAAUAAAACAAUUUUUA